AUGAAAGAGACAACGAGAAGUAGCAAGUGGUUUAUUUUUUACUAUCUGUUCGAAAACGGGUUAAUAUCAGCGAUGGUUGCUGGUGGGUCAGAAUUUGGGAUUGCAUAUGCUAUGUAUUGGAAUCAUAAGAGUCCUCUAACGCUUUGGGCUUUCCCACAUACACUGUCGGGAGACUGUGCCCUCAGUCAUUUCAUUCAAGUUGGUCUUACAUGGUAUGCCGAGGAGUUAACCAUAGGCUGGGAUGCGCUUAAUGGAAAAACACCAAUAAUACCGUUUGCCAACAAAUAUUUGCCCAAAAGCAAAUUUGUUAGAUGGUAUUUUGAAGUUGAUAAUGGCAUUAUACCUGACGAGGAUGAACCUGAAAAUAAUACCUUUAAAAAAUACAUGAAGAGGCAGCUAAUUAGGUACCCGCAGAAAAAUUGGUUCUUUAAUUUAUGUGAAUGGUUGAUUCGUAAAAGUAUAAGAGCUUUGAUUGUAGGGGCUAUCAUCUGGGCAGUUGAAUGGCCCAUAACCAUGGGGAUUAUGGCAGGCACGGGUACCAGAGUUGGUUCUCACGACUACAAAUUUCAUGGAUACUAUCCAGAAGUCAUGAAAUUGAUAUACGGAUUUGUUCUGGGUUUAAUUUCUACUCCGACAGCUAUUUUGAUAGUAGUUCUGAGGGAUCAGUGGUACAGAUUAUACUUGCAAACUGAGGAGUCGUCAGGUGGACUUUUGUCACCCGCGGGUCUAGAGGAUAAGAGUUCUAAAUUACAAGAAUCUUCCAAGCAAAAUUCAACUAUUUUAAAGAAUCCUGUCACAGAUGAUUCUUUCACAUCGUGA